CGAGUGUCCCCGAGCGCGGCUCCUGUCCCCGGCACUGCCCUGCUCUGCCCGUGCCCGUGCAGCCUCUCCGGCCACUGCCCUGCUCUGCCUGUGCCCGUGCAGCCUCUCCGGCCGCUGCCCUGCUCUGCCCGUGCCCGUGCAGCCUCUCCGGCCGCUGCCCUGCUCUGCCUGUGCCCGUGCAGCCUCUCCGGCCACUGCCCUGCUCUGCCCGUGCCCGUGCAGCCUCUCCGGCCGCUGCCCUGUCCUCCAUGCCCGUGGGCACGGAGCGGCCCCGCGUGGCACAGCCGCCGCCGUGAGGGUUCCCGUGCCGUGCUCUCUGCGGCUGCUGUCCUGUGCUGUGGGUGUCCCCAGGCCGUGCCCUCCUGUGGCCGCGGGGCCCGCGCAGGAGUAUCCUGUGCCAGCGCGGGCUGUGUCGUGCCCGGUCCUGCUCGGUGCCCAGAGCUCCCUGCCAGCAGCGCCCUCUCCUCGCCAGGGAAUGGCCGUCGCUCUCCACUUCCCGAGCGGCGCCCGCCCGGCGCAGCCCGCAUCCAUCACCGUGACCUUCCUCCCCCCGCCCCAUCCGUGUCUGUUUGUCUUUCCAGCCCACUCAUCGCCGGCCAGUCAUGGGGUGUUGACUCUGCGCAUUCCUUCCCAGCCGAGCCCGCCGCCGCCGCUCAUUACGCGGAGCUGACGCUGCUGUCCCAUUUCGGGGCCGCUCUGCUGGGCUCCGGCUGCUGAUAAACGCAGGGACUUGGAGGAGGUGGAAGAGGUGACCCGGGGUGAUCGGCACCGCUUGGGAACGGAGCUGUGGAUUAAUGCCUGUCCUACUUUGGGGAUAAAAGCAUCAAGGCCUGCCCAGGUCUCAGCUCACCCUGAGCACAUCAGCACCAUGGCAUCAGCGUGGUCCUGCUGGGUUGUCCUGCUGCUCCUGCCUGCCCUGACCCACGCUGGAGGGCCCGGUCCUGUCCUCGUCAACCGCCCCUUUGUCACCAUCUGGAACAUCCCUACCCAGCGCUGUGCUGAGAAGUACAAUGUCACCCUCAGCCUGGAGAUCUUUGAUGUGUUGGCCAAUGACCAGCAGUCCUUCACCGGCCAGGACAUCACCCUCUUCUACAGCGACAAGAUGGGUCUCUUCCCCUAUUACACAUCUGAGGGGGUGCCAGUGAAUGGGGGGCUCCCCCAAAAUGCCAGCCUGGAGACUCACAUCCACCAGGCCACCCAGGACAUCAAGGUGACCCUGCCCAGCCCUGACUACGGUGGGCUGGCUGUCAUCGACUGGGAGAAGUGGCGCCCACUGUGGAUCCGCAACUGGGACUCCAUGGAGAUCUACCAGCGGAAGUCGGAGGAGCUGGUGCAGCAGCAGCACCCUCAGUGGCCCCCCAAGGAGGUGGAGGAGAUGGCCAAGCAGCAAUUUGAGAAGAGCGCCUGUGAUUUCAUGAACAAGACCCUGUGGCUGGGCGAGAGCCUCCGUCCCAGUGCCUACUGGGGCUUCUACGGUUUCCCCGACUGCUACAACAAUGACUUUGAUAGCCUGCCCUACAACGCGACGUGCCCAGACGUGGAGCAGCAGAGGAACAAGAAUCUGUCCUGGCUCUGGACGAGCAGCCGGGCGCUCUACCCCAGCAUCUACCUGCCCCUCUGCCUCAAUGGCACCAACAAGGUGCUCCCCUACGUGCGGCACCGCGUGGCCGAGGCUUUCGCUGUCCAGCGUGGAAUCCUUGACAGCGGCAUCCCCGUCCUGCCCUACUCCCAGAUCGCCUUUGAGCGUACCCUGGACUUCCUUUCCCAGGAGGACCUGAUGAACACCAUCGGGGAGAGCGCGGCUCAGGGUGCUGCUGGUAUCAUUCUGUGGGGCAGCCUGGAUUACAGCACCUCCAAGGAGACGUGCCUGAGGCUGAAAGACUACGUGGAGGGGCCCCUGGGCCGCUACAUCGUCAAUGUGACAGCCAGUGCUGACCUGUGCAGCCAGACCCUGUGCUCUGGCCGGGGCCGCUGCGUGCGCCAGGACAACCAGCAGGGCUUCCUCCACCUCGACCCCUCCUUCUUCACCAUCGACCUGCGUGCUGCCAAGCCCUGGCUGGUGGCUCAGAGCCUGGAGCCCGGGGAGCACAUUUCCAAACUGGCCAGGGAGUUCACCUGCCAGUGCUAUGACAAGUGGAAGGGACCCCGCUGUGACACCCAGGGCUUUGCCAAGUGACCCCCCCCAGGGUCAAUCCUCCCACCCUGGGGACACUACCUCAGCAUCCUCGCCAUGGGGUUGACAGCCUCACUCUGGGGCUCUUAAUAAAACCAGAAAGCAUCAGCAAGCAUCUCCAUGUCUUCUGCUGCAGCACUUUGGGGGUGGGUGGGUCCCCCUGCAACACCAGUGCUGCCCUGUGAUGCUGCCAAGGGCUGUCCUUUGGGAUGGGGGCUUGGGAUGUAAUGCCUCAGAGGAACCACAAGGAAAAAAGAAAAUUUAUGGGAAAAGACACAGGAAGAGGGGAUGGUGGAUGAGAAAUGGAAGAAUGAUGGGGGAUGGCCAAAGAGUGGAGGCAAAGGGGGUGAAAAUAUGUGAUUGUGUGGAGUUGAGGGAGUGUGUUCUUCAGCCCCUCACUGUGCACCGAGGGUUGGACUGACACCAAUGCCCCCAUGCUGAUUUUCCCCUGGAUAACCAUACGCAAAGCAGUUAAGUGCACAAAUAAUAUGCAAAAGCACUGAUUUCUGUAACCCAGGCCACACACUUAACUAUACCUACUUCAAAACAGCUGGGAGAAGGCGUGAAACCCUGGCACAGCUGAGAUAAAGGUGUUGGCAUCUUCACCUGGAUGUUGCUCAUCUUGGGGUGGGAGAAUUACAUGCUCAGUUCUCUGAUUUUAGGCUCUAAUUCAGGUAAUCUCUCCUUGUUGGGACUGCACUGCAUGGCACUGUGUAUGCACUGGGGACUUAACAAAGCUGCACUCUUAAUUUUUAAACUGGUCGGUGUAAACCAUUGCAGAGUUGUUACAUUUCUUUUGUUCACUUAUUAUUAUUAUUGAGGAGGAUAUGAGAGUAUAUCACUGGAAACAUAAUUAGGCCUUUGGAUUCCCCUGUCACAGCUUUCAGAAACAUACACUCUGUUAUUACCAAGCUCUUUGAUAAGCUGGGGACCCCUGAAAAAAUUACACAUAAUUGGAUUUUGGCUCAGAAUUAAUAGUUUUAUCUAAUACUUAUAGAGAUAGCUUGGUAAAUGUCGUAUAUAAAUGCUGGAAACAAUAUUAUUUUAUUAUUUUUUGUAUGUGAAAUUUGAUUUACCUUAAAUGAACACUUAAACGCUCCUCCCAAGCUACAGGGAAUCUGGUAUUUGCCCUGUAUUAAAUGCUGAUAUUGAAAGCAAAGUCCACCUUGCUAUUCACACAAAGAAAAUUACCAUGAAUUUCAAGUCCUCCUUAUGCCUGGAAGGGAUCAGAGCUGUGUGCUUGUAAUUUCAGGUAAUUUAAUAUGCUUCAAGUGUUCAGCUACUGGUGCCUAACUGGAGGCCGGUUUGAGGUUCUCCUGGACAGUAUUAUCUCAAUCCAUUAACCAAACUGAGCACUGAGGUGAGCAUCAUGAUAGAGACAUUUCCUCAGGAGUUGCAGAGGUUCUGGAACUGUCAGGAGCCACAGAAACCCUGCAGAAACCCUGUCUGUCUCCAGGUGUGUGUGGCUUUUCUUAAAGUGAGGCUGGGAAGUGACAGACUUCCCUUAUUUCUUGAAACAUCUCCUUUUCUUGUUAUUGGAAUAAUGCAAACUUAGGCACGAAUGCAGUUUGCCACUUUCAAAUAAGAGCUUUGAAUGCAUAAGAGGAUUUGCUUUAUUCAUCCUACUUAUUGUAGCUAUUCUUCUAUCCUUGCCCCUCACACUGUAUCUAAAGACACCCAAGACACUGGGUUUCCUGUAAUUUAGCUUGUCUUGCUCCAGACUCUGAGGAAUGGAGACUAAAAAGACACUGCAUGUGGUGCCAGCAGACAAUGUGGAAGCACUGAACAUCUGCUGGGUUGUUUUUUCCAGGGCUGAAAACCUGUACGUGUGUAGAACUGCUCAAACCCAGCACUGCUGGAGCCAGCCCACGCUCGGCAGGAGCGAGCUGGAGAGGGGCCAGCAGUGAUCCAGGCACGGGACUUUGUGGGGGUCACAUUUCUGGCCCUUGGGUGGGAUGUGCUCGUGGUGUUGUCACAGCAGCUCCUGUUUUCCAUGCUCAGAUUGGCUGACAAACCUGCUGUGUGCAGAGCUCAUUUAUCCACUGCACUGCAGGAUUUACACUAAAUCAAUUUCUAGGCUUUUUCCACGUGCUGCUCCGAGAAAUCAGGGGAGACUGUCACUUAAAACCGUCCUUACAUUGCUUGGUUUUUCAUUUCAAUGACUCAUUAUUUUUUUUUUUUUGUCUGCAUUGCUUGAGCCUCAUAUCUCCACAAAUAAUCCUAAGUAUUUACCAUGGUUAACUUUCCCAAAGAGAACUGAAGUGCUGAAUGCUCUGAAGAUAGAAUGAUUAUUUUACAAUUGAGAAUGAAGAUACUUGUAGGGAGGAGCCUUUAAAGGGUAAGGUGUAGAUUAAGUCUUGCAUAAAACAAGCAAUUCACAGGCCUUUCAGAUACAAGCAGGAAAUUAGUGGCCUGUUAUUUACCUAAUAAGAAAAAUUUCAUUUGCCUUGUUCUCCUGACUAAAAAUCUCAGAAUCUGUACAGAGAGAUAUUUCCCGCGUUGUUAGAAAUCAAUUUAGUCAGACACUAAGACAUUUUUUCCAGUUUUGUCUUGCAUUAAGACCAACACCUAUGGUUAGGUGACCAAGGGGGUGAUGGUAUUUUGAGACCCCAGGAGCUGCUUUAGGACCCCAUUAACUGUCAUUUGCUGUUGCAUUUCACUUCAUCCAAAGAUCUGGACUGAAGCCAUAAAACCAAAAUCAGACCACUUCUGCAGCUCUCACAGCUGGAUGCUGAACUUCUCCUGACAUACAAGUACAACCCUCUCUUGGAAGAAAUAAAACCUUCCCAAAAGCAGAUCACAGCAACUGUACGGCUUGAAAUUAAAGAGAUGACAUGUGAGUCAUUAAAAUGCCUUUUAUUGCAUUUGCAUUGC